GUUUUGUUUGGCCCAGUCUGUGCUAUUACUUCGUGUCUCCACACGUGAGUCGCUUGAAGCGACUCGCUUCUAUAAAUACGCUGUUUGGACGGAGGUAAAGCAGGACGCCCAAUAACGCUAAUAACGUUGAACAGCUUUUUUAAACAGGAAAAUAAAGAUGAAGAAAAAGUAUGCUGGAAAUACGACGAUUCAUGCAGAAAACAACAACACGUGGAAAGUUGCACCUGUCCAUAAGCCACUAAAACGUCUGGUCCAAAUGACUCCCGUGGUUGAAGAAUGUGGCCUAACUGUGAAGCCCUGGUUUUAAGGCAAACAAAGACAAGAGAUGAAUGGAGAGGAUUGGGCUCCUAGGUGUGUCCCGCCGUAGAUGGACGGCAGCGAUGUAGUUGACUGAUCAUCAGUCCAUUUGACUCUGAAGACUACUAAUAAUCGAGCCCCAUCUUCAUCUCACAAUAAGGACAUUUCCAGUUCAACAGGUGUUUGUAUUCCAACGUUUACUUCAGCGGGGCAAGCUUACGCAGCAGAUAAAUGUAAAAACAAGGCCUUUCCAUUGUAGGGCUUGCACUCCUGUUUACCCUCUGCGCCUCUCCAGGUGAGUCAGACAGAAGUACAAGAAGGAGACAUAUGCGGCGGUGCUGCAGGGCUCACCGUAACACUGUGUUAUGUACACCACCUGUGUGCUCCCCACGCUGCAGCACUAGUGUGGCUACAGUUGCCACCACAGGCUCAGCACAGUUCAUUUACAUACUUUAUGACUUCAGGUUGGAGGUGACAGCGACAGAGGGUUGGAGCCAAGCUUGUGAAGGCGACAACAUGCUUUAAGAAGACGGUGCUUUUUUCUCUUCCCCCAUGAGUCGUUGGAUUACAGGAGUUCCAAGUGUAAGGCCUUUGGAAAUGUGAGGAUGAGCCAGAACCAAAAAGCUUGAAGGGUUUUAAUAAGUGGGCCAGUUGCCAUAGUGACACUUUGGCAAGCUGUUGCCAGGAUAAGCCGUAAUGGGUCUCUGGACGCAAUUCACUCUGCUCCUGUGGAAGAACUUCAGUCUGCGGAAGAGACAGAAGGUCCGACUGGUGGUUGAGGUGAUAUGGCCUCUGGUCCUCUUCUUCAUUCUGAUGGCGGUGCGCUCCACCAUCCAGCCAAUUCAUAAAGGCCAAUGUCAUUACCCGAAUAAAGCAAUGCCAUCGGCUGGCGUGCUUCCCUGGAUUCAGGGUAUGAUGUGCAACAUCCAGAAUCCCUGCUGGAACUACUCGACACCGGGGGAGACACCAGGACAAGUCAACAACUUCAAUAACUCCAUAAUUUCCAGAGUGUUGCUGGAGCUUCAGGCCCUCCUGCAGAACAGGUCUGUUGUCAGUAAAGCACAGACGUUGGCGGACGCUGUGGAAGGGUGGAACUCGAUGCUGCUCCAGUUUAAUUCCAUUAAUGUUCAACCAGUCACCCUGAGGAGCAUUUUGAGACAGGAUGAAACCUUUUCCACGUACCUGAAAGAGGACUUGUCAGUGCCAGAAACUGUUGUUGACAGCCUCAUGAACGCUACCGUGAACAUCACUCAGGUGAGAGGCGUUCAAAGGCCAGGUGGCUUGAGGACAGUGCUGUGCGAGGGGACAAACUUGGACGAGUACGUCCAAUUCAGCAGCCCUGCUGAAAGAGAGACCUUCCAGAACAUCAGCUGCUCGCUCACUGAACAGCAGCUGAUUUACACCCAGCAAAUGCUACUGCAGAACCUGGAUGUCAGGAAAGUGCUGUCCGGGGUGACAGGUCAGAACAACGCAGACACCAUGAUACAGUUCAAUGAUGUGGCUCAGUCUGCUUUUCCUUUGAUGCAGGAGCUGGUCAGGUUACAGGCCUCCGCAGUCUUUCAGGAAGCGAGGGAAUUGAAUUUCCAGCAGGACAUGAUUGGCAGUUUCAAUAUGCUACUGUGUGGAGAGCAGCCUGACUUCAGUUCCAACGUCAUGACCCUGAUUUCACGCUCAUCUACACAAAUGAGUGGCUUCCAGUCAAUCUUCAUCACAGGCAACACUUCCGAUGAUUUCUGUCAGAAUUUCAUUGACACCUUGGAAAACACACCUGGUCUGCGCAACAUUUGGGCCACCUUCAAGCCACUGGUGCUGGGAAAAAUCCUCUACACACCAGAUACACCUGUCAGCCGCCUCAUCGUGAGCAAAGCAAAUAGCACAUUGGACGCCUUGGCCAAGUUAAAAGAGCUGGCUGACAUGUGGGUGGAACUUGGGCCACGUGUCUACGAUUUCUUUCAGAAUGGCACUCAAGUCAACACAAUACGGGCUUUGUUGGCCAACCCUGUCUUUGCAACCGUCUUGGACCAGCGUCUCGAAGGCACAGGAUGGACAGCCGAGCUGAUAGCCAACUUCCUGUACAACGGGCCUCCUGAAGAUCGACCUCCUGGCAUGCCUACAUAUGACUGGCGUGAUGUUUAUCAGGCAACUGAUCGGAUACUGACAUUUCUGUCUAAGUUCCUCAGUUGUUUGGACCUGAACAAGUUCCAGGCCGUCUCCACCGAACACCUCCUGGUGAUUAAGGCACUGGAUCUCGUAAACAAUGACUCCCACUGGGCCAGUGUGGUCUUUGAAAACUUGCAGCCAAAUUCCAGCGUCCCACCUGUGCAUAUCAAAUACAAAAUCCGCAUGGAUACCAAUGAUGUGGAGCAUUCAGACGAUAUAGAACACAGGUCAUGGUCCCCCGGGGCUAGAGACAACGCCUACAGCGACCUCAAAUAUGUCAUGGGAGGCUUUGUCUACCUGCAGGACAUGAUGGACCAUGGCAUCAUCCAAGUGCAGACAUCAAAGACCCAGCCCCUCGGUGUGUUCGCCCAACAGAUGCCAUACCCAUGCUACGUGAACGACAGGUUUCUGCGAUCUUUGUCGCGCUCCCUACCUUUGUUCAUGACAUUAGCUUGGAUCUACUCAGUGGCCAUGAUCAUAAAGAGCAUUGUUGGGGAAAAAGAGGCGAGGCUGAAGGAGACAGUGAGGAUCAUGGGCCUGAGAAGUUCAAUCUAUUGGCUGAGCUGGGCGGUGUCAAGUGUCUAUCCUCUGACUCUCAGUGCAAUCUUCCUGACUUUGAUCCUAAAGUAUGGUAAACUGCUGCGGUACAGCGACCCCUCGUUGGUCUUUGUCUUCCUGCUGGUGUACUGUGUGGUCACCAUCAGUCAGUGCUUCCUCAUUAGCGUCUUCUUCUCUAAGGCCAACUUAGCGGCGGCGUGCGGUGGCCUCAUCUACUUUGUCCUCUAUCUGCCGCAUGUCUUCUUCAACGCCUGGAGGGACGUCCUAGGUUUCCCGGUCAAGGUUGCUGUGAGUGUGCUGUCUUGUGUGUCCUUUGGCUUCGGCUGUGAGAGUUUCACUAAGUACGAGGAGCAAGGCAUCGGCAUUCAGUGGCACAACAUGCACAAGAGUCCUGAAGAUGGAGAGCGUUUCACGUUCCUCCUGUCCAUCAUUAUGAUGCUUUUUGAUGCAGUUUUAUACUGGACAUUGACUUGGUACAUUGAGAAUGUAUUUCCAGGAGAAUAUGGGAUUCCAAAACCAUGGUAUUUCCCCUUUACUUCAUUGUAUUGGUGUGGACCCACCAAAAAAACCUCAGAUGACCCCGACCUGCUGAAGGAUACGGGAGGACAAGGAUACCUGGAGAAACCACCACCCAAUAUGAGGGCGGGGGUCUCCGUCCGGAACCUCGUCAAGAUCUACAAGACUGGGAACAAGCUGGCUGUAGAUGGCCUGACCGUUGACUUUUACGAGAACCAGAUCACAUCCUUCCUCGGCCACAAUGGUGCUGGAAAGACAACCACCAUGUCAAUUCUGACAGGACUCUUCACCCCUACCUCAGGCACCGCGCUCAUCAAUGGAUAUGACAUCCACACUGACAUGGACAGCAUCCGGAAGUAUUUGGGAAUGUGCCCGCAGCACAAUGUUUUAUUCAAUGAGCUGACGGUGGAGGAGCACAUCUACUUCUACGCCCGGCUGAAGGGGCUCAGCCGUAAGGAAGUGGAAAUGGAGAUGGAGCAGAUGAUAAUAGACGUCGGUUUGCCACACAAACGGAAGGAUCUGGCUAAGAACCUGUCAGGUGGUAUGCAGAGGAAGCUGUCUGUGGCCAUAGCAUUUGUUGGAGGCUCGAAAAUCGUUAUCUUGGAUGAACCCACAGCAGGUGUCGACCCAUACGCCCGCAGGGGUAUCUGGGAGCUGUUGUUGAAGUACAAACAAGGUCGCACCAUCAUCUUGUCAACGCACCACAUGGACGAAGCAGACAUCCUGGGAGACCGCAUCGCCAUCAUCUCCCACGGCAGAAUGCGCUGCUGCGGCUCCUCACUUUUCCUCAAAAAAUGUUUCGGCAGUGGUUACUACCUCACUCUGGUUCGAGAUGGGACGGAAAAGAUGGCAGCUCAGCGCCAUGGUAUGAUCCAAAGUCAAGCCGCUGAGGAGAAGGAUCUUUCUGGAAAGAACAGCCCAGAUGACGGCAUUGGCAGUCAAACCUUGAACUUCAUGGAUCCCUCAGCUUUGGGUCAGCUGGUGCGCCGCCAUGUACCCGCUGCAGUCUUCUUGGAGAGCAUCGGUCAGGAGAUCACCUACGUCCUGCCCUACAGCGCUGCCAGAGACGGGACCUUUGCUCUUCUUUUCCAAGAGCUGGACGAGUCCAUUGCCGACCUCGGUCUGACCAGCUACGGCAUCUCUGACACUUCACUGGAGGAGAUAUUCCUUAAAGUUGCUGAAGAGACAGGAGUGGACGUGGAAAUUCAAACAACAGAGAAGAGGGCCCUGAGAGACCACAAAAGAAACUCCCAGAAAGCGAAGCGGAACAGUAUCUCCAGCGUCUGUGCGUCACGAGCUGUGUCAGAAUCUCAUGAAAAACUCACAAAUAAAGUCCAAGACGUGGUGAGGAACACCAGUGUCGGGGGGAGGGGAUCCACAGUCAUCACAGGAAAAGAGCUAAUCAGGAGGCAGUUCCUCGCACUCUUCAUCAAACGCUUCCACCACGCCCGCAGGAGCCGCAAGGGAAUCAUCGGCCAGAUGAUCCUGCCACCCGUUUUCGUUUGCCUGUCCUUGAUCUUCACGCUCAUCAUCCCAUCUGUGUCUGAUUAUCCCAGUCUGGAACUGCAGCCCUGGAUGUAUGGUCUGCCUCAAAACACCUUUUUCAGCAAUGACAUGCCAAACGACACGGAGGUGUCCCAGGUGGUGGAAUCUUUGGUGAACAGUCCCGGCUUUGGAACCCGCUGCAUGGAAGGAGACCCGAUACUGAAUUUACCUUGUUCCUCCCGUGGUACCGACUGGUUUACUCCGCCCGUGGAUCAGACUGUGAUGGACAUCUUUCUCAACGGAAACUGGACCAUGGCCAACCCCUCCCCCUCCUGCCAGUGCAGCACUCCCCAGCUGGUUACCAUGUUACCGCGCUGUCCGCCCGGUGCAGGAGGUCUCCCUCCACCUCAGAGGAUCCAGAACACCACUGACACGCUGCAGGAUCUAUCUGGACGGAACAUGACCGACUUCUUGAUCAAGACUUUUGAAAAAAGUGGCAAAUUUAGGUACGGAGGUUUGUCUGUGGGAGAAGUCAAUUCUCAAGUCCGUAUGACUGAAGAAGACAUCGAGGCAGCGUUUGUGGAUCUGAAGGAGCUCCUGGGAUCAUCUGAGAAUAAUGUCACUGAUCGGCUGCUACAGACGUCCGAGGAGCUGCUGAAGAAGCUGGGCACCAAGAACAAUGUUAAGGUGUGGUUCUACAACCAGGCGUAUCACAGCUUGGUGUCUUUCCUCGGCGUGGCCAACAAUGCCAUCUUGAGGGGAAACUUGCCAGCGGGAGAGAAUCCCCGCCAGUUCGGCAUCUCUGUGUCCAAUCACCCUCUCAACCUUACCAAGGAGCAGCUCGCGUUGGCCGUCACGGUCAGGUCGUCCACAGAUGUGGUGGUGUCCAUCUGCAUUAUCUUCGCCAUGUCCUUCAUCCCCGCCAGCUUUGUCCUCUUCCUCAUCCAGGAGCGGGUGAGCAAAGCCAAGCACCUGCAAUUCGUCAGCGGCGUCAACCCCACUGUAUACUGGCUGGCCAAUUUUGCAUGGGACAUGUGUAACUACAUCUUGGCCUCUUUGAUUGUGGUCCUGAUCUUCAUCGCCUUCCAAAAAAAGGCCUAUGUUUCUGCUGCCAACCUGCCUGCUCUGAUUUUGCUGCUGCUCUUGUACGGGUGGUCCAUCACCCCCAUGAUGUAUCCCGCCUCCUUUGUCUUCAGCGUGCCCAGCACUGCCUACGUGGUGCUCACCUGCAUCAACCUGUUCAUAGGCAUUAACGGCAGCAUGGCCACCUUUUUCAUGGAGCUUUUAGAUGACGAGGAAGUCACUCACGUCAAUGACAUCAUGAAGCAAGUGCUGCUGAUUUUCCCACACUUCUGUCUUGGCCGAGGCCUCAUCGACAUGGCCACGAACCAGGUGACGGCCGACCUCUUCAGCAAUUUUGGCGAAGACCGCUUUAAGGAUCCUCUCAGUUGGAACAUGGUGGGAAGGAAUCUCUGCUCCAUGUCCAUUCUUGGAGCAGUUAUGUUUGCUGUGACAAUCCUCAUCCAGUACAAGUUCUUCUGCAAACCAAGGCUCAUUUCGGGGAAGUCAUUAUCUGCGGAGGAGGAGGAUAUCGAUGUUGCUCGGGAACGUGAUCGAGUGUACAGUGGAAAAGCCCAGAGCGACCUUCUGCGAAUCUAUGACCUCACUAAGGUGUACCCUCGGAAGAAAACCCCUGCUGUGGACAGGAUAUGUGUGGGUGUACCUGCAGCAGAGUGUUUUGGCUUGCUGGGAAUCAAUGGGGCUGGGAAAACCACCACCUUCAAGAUGCUGACAGGAGAUAUCCCAGUCUCUGGUGGAGAGGCUUUCCUAAACGGAUACAGCAUACGGACUGAAAUGAGGGACGUGCACCAGAGUUUGGGCUACUGUCCACAGUUUGAUGCCAUUGAUAACCUGCUCACGGGGCGGGAACAUCUGCAGUUUUACGCCAGGUUACGAGGAGUACCAGAACACGAGGUCGCCAUGGUGGCAGAGUGGGGUAUCCAGAAGUUGGGCCUGAUCAAGUAUUCCAACAAGUGUGCAGGAACCUACAGCGGCGGGAACAAACGAAAACUUUCCACAGCGAUCGCCUUGAUGGGUUGCCCUCCAGUCAUCUUUCUGGAUGAGCCGACGACAGGGAUGGAUCCCAAAGCCCGACGCUUCCUGUGGGACUGCAUCCUCAGCAUCAUCAAGGAGGGACGCUCUGUCAUUCUCACUUCACAUAGCAUGGAGGAAUGUGAGGCGCUGUGCACCCGCAUGGCCAUCAUGGUGAAUGGUGCCUUCAAGUGUCUGGGCAGCAUCCAACAUCUGAAGAACAGGUUCGGCGAUGGCUACACGGUGACGGUGCGUGUGGGUGGCUCUCCUCCUGCCCUAAAGCCGGUGGAGGACUUUGUGGAGCAGACGUUCGCAGGAAGUGUCCUGAAGGAAAAGCAUCACAACACACUGCAGUAUCAGCUGCCAUACACACCGGGGGCUCUGGCAAACAUCUUCAGCCAGUUCAUCAGCCACCAACAGACGCUCGGUGUGGAGGAUUACUCUGUGUCUCAGACCACUCUGGACCAGGUCUUUGUGAAUUUUGCAAGGCACCAGCAAGGGGAAGAGGAGUCCCAGAGCUAUGAAAACCCAGUGGACACUUCAGAUGAGGAGCCUAAGACGAUAAACACCGUGUUUUAGGUUUUUUUUUAGGUUUUUAAAAGCAGUUUACACAAACAUGGGUCGUGCAAUAGAGUCUAAUAAUGUAGCCUUAAACAUUGCACUGAAAAUGGACUUGAAAAUAAAUAUUAGGAAUUAUUGAUGUUGAAACAAAUGAAUCAUUGACGACUUAGAAAUGAUCAGUUGGAUCUUUCACACCUUCAGGUCUGAUCGUACACUGAAGCAUCUACACAUUUAGGUGAUCACGGUAGACAACGUCAAACUGAGAACACAGCCUCCACACUCACCUGAUCUUCAUAUACAAGAGCAUGACACACCAAAGAAACAGAUUCACCUUAGGAUUUUGGAAGUGGAAAGUGAACACCUUGUCAUUGUGACACAGCACACCACUGCACACAACCAAAGGUGACCUCUGUUUUUAACCCAUCACCACAGUGAACAGUGGGCAGCUUUAAGCGCCCGGGGAGCAGUGUGUGGGGACGGUGCCUU